AUGAUGCUGGACUCCGUUAGCCAUAAUACCUUCCUGCCAAACACAGUGAUGUGUGAAUCCUUGACAUCAUGGUCAGAUGUAUUUGGAAUAGUGGAUGAACAGUACUCACUAUUUGAUCAUCAAACAGCUUGUGAUUCGUCCUGGACUUCUAUGCAUCCAGAAUACUGGACAAGACACAAUGUCUGUGAGUGGUUACAGUUUUGCUGUGAUCAAUACAAACUGGAUGCUAAUUGCAUUUCCUUUUCCCACUUCAACAUAAAUGGUCACCAGCUCUGUUGUAUGACCCAAGAAGAUUUUUUAAAUGCUGCUGGAAUCUGUGGUGAAUACCUCUACUUCAUUCUCCAAAACAUCAAGACUCGUGGCAUCGCCUUCUUUCAGGACAAUGACGAUACAAAGUCAUCUGAAAAAGACUAUAAUGAUAAGGCAUGUUUGAGAACAGAUGGCAUCAAGAGUCAAGAGUUUCAAGGUCACAGUAGAACAAGUCUGCAGAGUUCUCACUUGUGGGAGUUUGUACGAGAUCUUCUCUUGUCCCCUGAGGAGAAUUCCGGCAUCCUUGAAUGGGAAGACAGAGACCAAGGCAUCUUUCGUGUUAUCAAAUCUGAUGCUUUGGCAAAGAUGUGGGGACAAAGGAAAAAAAAUGACAGAAUGACCUAUGAAAAGCUAAGCAGAGCACUCCGGUAUUAUUAUAAAACUGGAAUUUUGGAACGAGUUGACAGGAGAUUAGUGUAUAAGUUUGGAAAAAAUGCACAUGGAUGGCAAGAAAGCAACUCAUGA